UUAUUUUAAACAAUUUGGACAUGUAACUAGAAUACGUGCAGUUUGAUAAAGAAAUGUAUACUGGUAGAUGUUGUGGCUAUGGAUAUGUGGAGUUUAUGUACCCAAGUGUUGUCAAAAUAGCUGCAGAAACAAUGAAUAAUUAUCUCAUGUGUGGCAGAUUAUUGAAAGCUACAUAUGUUGCACCAGAAAGACAACAUAUUGGCUUUUCUCAUGGAAAAACAUGGACAAAAGAUGUUUACCCUAAAGUAAUAAACAGGAAUAAAAUAAUUAAAGUGAGAAAUGCGAAUACCAAUAAAGAAAAACAUAAACGUUUUGUACAAAGUACACAGGACAAAUUAGUUGUUCUGGAGAAAAAAUGA